UACUACCACGAACUUGUCCCAUCGAGCCGCGCGGUUUGCAACAUUGAGCAGAAGCCUUCUUGGCCAUCUUGCAGUACCCCUGAGCAGAGCAGAUAUUUGAAGACAGCCAGCCUCAUGUGGUCCAAACGGAGCGCUGGAAAGCGUUGCAACAAUUAUGGCAAUCUUGCGCUCGGCACCUCUCGGCGUACUCUCGAUCCUGUCCUGCCUCAUUCUGGGCACGUUUCUCGUUACUGUAGGCCCAUCACCCCCAGCUGCAGUGACCAGUUCGCACUAUGGCUACCAUCCGCUCCAGGGCAUGCUUUGCAAGACAGUCCUUUUCAAAUUCAAGGCACUCAUUAAAGUCAAUGUGGAUCGAAAGUCUUCGUCAAGCACUCAGUCCAAUCCCGGAACAUAUGAAGAGGUACAGGGAGGAUAUACCUUCAGCUCAAACCCCGAGGUCUAUGGUGAGGAGACCACAGGGUCCGCCUCGAGCUCGAAACCCAAAACCUAUGCAAAUAGGGACCCAACCCCGAUUCUGCCAAGUCUGUGUCAGCCAGUCCGAAAAGUUGCGCGGCUGCAUGUAGGAAGGAAAUAAAGCGACAUCGAGAUCGCUUGGCCGUCCUACCAGAUAUCUGUCAAGUUGUCAUCACACACGAAAGAUCUCCAGCCUACACAACUCCAGGUCGUAUAUCAAGCGACU